AUUACACUAUGUUAAAAUUGUCUUUACAAUGUAAAUAAAAAUUAUAUCUUUGACUCUUAAAACUCCAAGUAUAAACUAUUUAUAGUAACAUUUAAUUUGGCACGACGAUAGAAAAUUUCUCUUACAUACGACAUGCCAACUUAAUUGUGUUUAAAAAAAAUUCCCUUUCAUUUAAGCGCAUCAAUUAAUGUUUUAUUGUGUGAAAACGACCACUAACUUGAGAAAUGUGUUAUUAAAAUUUAAGGGCAUAUUUAUGCUUAAUUUGCACACAAGAAUGUAUAAAAGUUAGAAUUAAUUUUUAUUUAAAAUGAAUAGAGCUCUAAAAAUAUUUUUUUCUCCAAUUUUCAAAGGAUUAUUACAAUGUUUAUUUAUUUUUUUACCAUUAAUUGAUAAUAACUUGUGUGUCUGUGUCCUUUAUAUUAUAGCAAUUCAUAUUGACAUUGUACAUACCGAAAACGUUAUUUCGUACUCCAUGUACUUCUUUAAUUACGACUCAAAGUAAUAUUAUUUACUGCCUACUAUGUUUGUCUCAUGUGGUGUAAAAUGUGAAUAACUAUUUUUUAUUUAGAUCUCGUAUACCAACUGAUGUUGACAAUGCCUGUUUUGUUUAAUUUCCUUAAAUUUGUGUUAUCUGUAUAUUAUUAGAAUAUUUGUUAUUGUCAUUGUAUACCUAAUGUAUAUGCGUACUUAUAAAAUAUAAACUUUACAUUGAUAUUUUCUAUUUCGUAACACCCAGAAAACUUUCAGAAAUGUUCUCCAGCAUAAUUUCCAGCCUUGAGAUGUGAAACAAAGCAGGAAGAAAUCUAUUAAAAAGAAAAAGGAAUGCCAAAGAAGGAUAAUAGUUUACAAAACAUAAUUUGUAUUGUUUUGGAGGAAAAUUCAAAUCUCCAUGGACAAAAGAACUUUCUUGUUAUACCAAAAAAGAAUAUAUCUGUAUUAUCUAAUGCGCUGUCUGAUGAUAAGAAACUAUUAGGGCAUCUUAUUGUUGUAGCAAAUAAAGUUGCUAUACGGAGGGGUUUCGAGGGAAAUUCUUAUCAGAUCACGAUAAAUGAAGAUUUAAAAUCUGGAAAAGUAAAAUCUAUUCAUAUUAUUAGUAAAAAUUCUAAAGGUAUUCUGUGGCCAAUAAUGCCAAACUCCAGACUGUGAAAAAUUAAUAAGUGCCUGUGAAAACUGUAUAAUAAAUGCUGAU